AUGACCUACAACCUCUUCAAGCCAAGUUUGGCGUCAAAUCUUGAGCUUUCACCUUCAGAGAGCCAGGCCAUCGUGAGCAGCGCGCUCGUCGGAGGAAUGGUCUUGGGCUUCGUCCCGGGAAUUAUCUAUGAUCGCUUUGGCUACGUGACCACACUUUGUUACGGUGGAAUCUUCUCAUGCUGUGGCGCCUUGCUGUGGUUUGCUACGCUUCAAGACGGCGGAGCCAAGGACGACCCGACUUCACUCACCCUUUCCCUGGCUUUUGCGAUGCUAAGCCAUGGCUGCCGGUGCAUGUACUUGGCAGGCACCUGUGCAGCGUUGCGUGCCCUGCCUCCGCAAUACACGGGCUCUGUGGCUGCACUCUUGGCCAUUUCGGUCUCACUCGGCUACAUUUUGUUGCCCUUGGCUUGGCAAAGCGUUUUCAUGCCAGCACCUGAUGAUGAAAACUUCAAUCCCACGACACGGCUCUUGGCCAACCUGAAACCCGUCGCACACUUCUUCUUGUUCCUCGCCAUCAUCUACGCGGUUGCGACGGUGCUGGGCCUCUGCCUUGUGCCGCUGCUGCCAGCGGCAAAGGCGGCAGGGAGGUCCCUGGGAGCCUCACGCAGGCAGAAGCUCAAGGAGCCCGCUGCCGUUGCGAUGUUCUGCUUUGUUGCUUUGUCAAUGGCCUUUACCUACACCUACCUCACCGGCGGCCUCGCCGCUGCGUCAAAAAGGGUGCAUCCACCAGCGACCCCGCAGGAAAGAGCGACUGUGAUCCUUUGGAACGGUAUCUGUGGCAUGGCAAGCCGCUUUGCCCAUGGCUUUGGAGCAGAUAUGCUGCGGGGGAAGUGCGGCUUUGGAGAGGCAGGGCUGUACUUGUCUUUGUGCUCCUCAAUAACUUUCUCCAUCAUGGGCUUCCUGGUGCUCAUGUACAGCGAGAGCUGGAAAAUGGCCACCUACCUCAUCGGGUUUUCAUUUGGUGGUAUGUUCUCCCUCUUUGCUUCGGCGAUCUGCAUGAUCUUCGGAAAGCAAGAAAUGGGCUUCUGGAUGGGGAUUCUAUUUGUGAUUCUUGGUGUCAUGCACUCCGUCUAUGGCCAGCUCGCCGUUCGCGUCGACACGUACACUUACUAUCUCAUCGGAUGUGUGGCCGCAGCUGUCUCGUUGUCAUUCUUCCUCGCUCUCGCCUGGGCGAAGUCCGAGCGCCCCUAG